AUGGCGUCUUUCAUAAAACUCUUUCCACUCAAAAGUAGAACAGCACCUAGAUUUGUAUAUUUUCGUUAUAACUUAUUUUACAAAAAUCGAAGUAUAGGCUCUCGAUGUCUCCACCAAAAUGCUUCGCUCGAACCUGUUACACAGUUUACCGCGAAAAAAAGUCCAAAACGACAUCUGGUUUUUGACAAUAGUUCUCCUUCCUUUGAAGAAUUUUUAAAAUCAGCAGCGCUUUCUUCUAUAGAGAAUAGUGCAACAACGAUAGACGGAGAAUUGAUAUCCCAAGAGAAUGUGAAACCAACAUGGAAUCCCAUAGAUUCGGGAGAUCAAGUGCCCAGUGAAAUUCCGUAUUUCGACGUAGACGUCAAAAGUUUAGGGAAAAAUACCAAAUAUUAUGUCGAAGUAUAUGGAUGCCAGAUGAAUGUCAACGAUACAGAAAUACUAAUAUCCAUUAUGAAUGAUUCGGGGUACUUGAGAACCGAAAAAUUAGCGGAAGCGGAUAUUAUUUUCUUGGUUACGUGUGCAAUAAGGGAUAAAGCGGAAAGUAAAAUUUGGCAAAGAUUGAAUGCAUUGAGGAAUAUCAAUUCUAAAUUAGAAAAAGAUAAAAGACAUUUGAUUGGAGUUUUAGGGUGCAUGGCAGAAAGACUAAAGACGAAACUUCUUGAUGCCGACAAAUUGGUUGAUAUUGUCUGUGGGCCGGAUGCAUAUCGAUCAAUACCGCAUCUAUUAUCAUUAGCAAUUAAAAAUUCUCAAGGCGUUGCUAAUGUUAUGUUGUCUGCAGACGAAACUUAUGCUGACAUCAUGCCUGUUAGAUUGCAUAACGGAAAUAUUAGCGCUUUUUUGAGCAUCAUGAGGUUUGAAUUUAUGAAGGUAAUUCAUGAGCGUCCUUUUGUUGCCGGACGACGAAAUGCUUCUGACCUGAGUUUGAAAUUAGGGAUCGAGAGAAGUAGACCUAUGUAUCCUUCGAUAAUAGAAGAGGUAAAAACAUUGAGCAAACAAGGUGUAAAAGAAGUCACCCUUCUUGGACAAAAUGUGAACUCAUACAGAGACACUAAGGAAUAUAAUUUUUAUAAUCCAACUGGCGUCGGCGAUGGGCUUAGUAAUGAAGGGUUUAAAACAAUUUAUCGAAGGAAAGAAGGAGGAAUUAGAUUUACCGAGCUCUUGGACAAUGUGUCUUUGGUGGAUCCUGAGAUGAGAAUAAGAUUUACCUCUCCACAUCCGAAAGAUUUUCCGAUUGAAUUAUUAAAUUUAAUUGCUGAGCGCCCGAAUAUAUGUAACCAGAUUCAUUUACCGGUUCAAUCAGGGAAUACAAAUGUGCUUAAAAGAAUGAGGAGAGGGUAUUCACGUGAAGCUUAUUUAGACCUUGUGCAUACAAUUAGAGAUAUAAUACCUGAUGUAUCAUUAAGCACCGAUAUUAUUACGGGAUUUUGUGGAGAAACUGAAGAGGAACAUCAGGAUACUUUGAGUUUGUUAGAGAUUGUUAAGUUUGAUAUGGCUUAUAUGUUUGCUUACAGUAUGCGAGAAAAAACACAUGCUCAUCGUAACUACAAUGAUGAUGUCCCGAAAACCGUCAAAGUUCGUCGACUCAACGAGAUAAUAAGAACUUUCUAUGAUAACGCGAAAAUCAGAUUCAGUAGUUUAAUUGGUAAACCGCAAUUGGCUUUGAUCGAGGGUUAUUCAAGACGUGAUAAGCAAAGGCUGAGGGGGCUCACCGACGGAGGUCAUAAAAUUUAUUUUGAUGAUGUUGAGGUGAUUGAUUGUACCAACAUGAACAAUGUCAACUUCAAAAACCUUGGAUUGGAAAGCAUAUUGACAGGAAGUCAAUAUUCGUAUGGCGAGAGAUAUGUUUCUCGGAGUAGUUUUGAAGAGAUUCCUCGGAGGUCAGCCAUAAAAAGCGGUGAUUACGUGAUGGUAAUACCAACUUCAACUACAGGCUCUUCUUUCGAUUCCAUACCAAUAGCGAAGAUGUCAAUCGCGCAGUUUAGCGAUGGGAAAUUUGAUAAAAACUUUGCAGCGAACAUUGGUGUUUAA